AUGAGCCCAAAGGGCUUUGCCAGCCACGGCUCUACGAGCCUGUCCCCUCCCGGUGCCGUGGGUGUGGGUGCCGCUCUCCCAAGCACCCACUCCCCUGGGCACAGGUCUCGGCUUUCUGCGCCCCCGCUCAGCCCUGCACCCCCGGAUCUUCACCGCACCUCGCCCCGAAGCUUCACUGCCGCCUUCCCCCGGUCCCCGCCGCCCUCCCUGCUCCCCCAGCUCAGCCUGCCGGGUCCCAGCUCACCCUGCCGGGUCCUGCAGCACCGCCGAGCCCCCAGCUCACCCUGCCGGGUCCCAGCUCACCCUGCUGGGUCCCGCAGCACUCCCGAGCCCCCAGCUCACCCUGCCGGGUCCCAGCUCACCCUGCCGGGUCCUGCAGCACCCCCGAGCUCCCAGCUCACCCUGCCGGGUCCCGCAGCACCCCCGAGCCCCCAGCUCACCCUGCCGGGUCCUGCAGCACCCCCGAGCCUCCAGCUCAGCCUGCCGGGUCCCGCAGCACCCCCGAGCCCCCAGCUCACCCUGCCGGGUCCCGCAGCACCCCCGAGCCCCCAGCUCCCCCUGCCGGGUCCCAGCUCACCCUGCCGGGUCCCGCAGCACCCCCGAGCCCCCAGCUCACCCUGCCGGGUCCCGCAGCACCCCCGAGCCCCCAGCUCACCCUGCCGGGUCCCAGCUCACCCUGCCGGGUCCCAGCUCACCCUGCCGGGUCCCGCAGCACCCCCGAGCCUCCAGCUCAGCCUGCCGGGUCCUGCAGCACCGCCGAGCCCCCAGCUCACCCUGCCGGGUCCCAGCUCACCCUGCUGGGUCCCGCAGCACUCCCGAGCCCCCAGCUCACCCUGCCGGGUCCCAGCUCACCCUGCCGGGUCCUGCAGCACCCCCGAGCUCCCAGCUCACCCUGCCGGGUCCCGCAGCACCCCCGAGCCCCCAGCUCACCCUGCCGGGUCCUGCAGCACCCCCGAGCCUCCAGCUCAGCCUGCCGGGUCCCGCAGCACCCCCGAGCCCCCAGCUCACCCUGCCGGGUCCCGCAGCACCCCCGAGCCCCCAGCUCACCCUGCCGGGUCCCAGCUCACCCUGCCGGGUCCCGCAGCACCCCCGAGCCCCCCGCUCACCCUGCCGGGUCCCGCAGCACCCCCGAGCCCCCAGCUCACCCUGCCGGGUCCCAGCUCACCCUGCCGGGUCCCAGCUCACCCUGCCGGGUCCCGCAGCACCCCCGAGCCCCCAGCUCACCCUGCCGGGUCCCAGCUCACCCUGCCGGGUCCCAGCUCACCCUGCCGGGUCCCGCAGCACCCCCGAGCCCCCAGCUCACCCUGCCGGGUCCCGCUGCACCCCCGAGCCCCCAGCUCACCCUGCCGGGUCCCGCAGCACCCCCGAGCCUCACCCUACAGCUGCUCCAUGGGCCCCGCGGGUCGCCCUGCAGGCCGGGGGCGGGGGACGCGACCCCCUAGCUCCCCCGAGGGCUGCUCUCCACCAUCUUAG